UACAGAAAAAAUGCCGCCUAUGAAAACCACAGCAAUUAGAAAAUCAACAGUGACGUCAGGAAUUGAAAAUCCUGUAAUGAAAACCAUGAACACUAGGAGUUCUAAGACAUCAUUAUCAAGCUCAAUAAUGAAGAAGGAGAAUGGAAAAGAAGUCGAGCCAUUUGCAAAACGCAAAGCUAUAUCUCCAAUUAAAGGCAAUAUCCUGAAGAGAUCAGCUUUGGGAAAUAUUACCAAUGCAAUUGAGACACAAUGCAACAAAACAAAUGCGAAGAAGCUUGUCAAAAAGUCUGUAUCAUCAACGGUAACCAAGCCUACGCUAUCAACAGGAGCAAAGAUAAACUUACCUGUUGCGGGCCUGCCAAAACCGUUGGCAAAUGUUUCGAAACCAAAUUCUCCCGUAAAGUCCAUGCUUCCCCCUCUCCCCAAAUCUCGUUUGACACUGCCACUGAAGCCCCCUGCAGCGUCGGUCCCACCAAAGGGAAAACUGAGUUUGCGAUCUCUCCCGACCAAGAGCCCCGUCAAGCCAGUCGAGAGACAAAGCAUCAGUGUAAAAAAGCCAGCUCCUGCUACCGCCCCAGCCCCUGCCCCUGCCCUUGUACCGGCCAACAAGUGUAAACUGACUGUGAAGCCCAAAUGUAUGGUCAGCAACAUCCCCAAUACCCGCAGGUCCUCUGGACGUCGCAGUACCCUUGGAAGCAGUGAUGGCUCCCUCUACAUUUCUGCUCUCAGUGAUGUUUUUCGCUAUGUUAGGUUGGAUGAAGAAUCGACUGACAUGUCAACCACAGAGGCUCAAUCACUACCAGUGCCGCUGGUCAAUAUUGACGUGGAGUACGCCAAAGAUCCCUUCCAGUGUGCCACCUACGCAUAUGAAAUUUUCGAAUACCUGAAGAGUAGAGAAGAGUACUUCAAAAUCAGGGAUUACAUGGAGAUGCAGACAAGCCUAAGUCCUCAGGUGAGGGCGAUCCUGGUGGACUGGAUGGUGGAGGUCCAAGAGAACUUUGAACUUAACCACGAGACCCUGUACCUGGGUGUCAAGUUGGUGGACUCAUAUCUUUCACGCAUCAAAGUUUCCAAGCAGAGUCUCCAGUUAGUGGGGGCUGCAAGUCUCAUGAUUGCCGCCAAGUAUGACGAAAGAUUGCCACCUACCAUUGAAGAUUUUCUGUACAUAUGUGACGGAGCAUACAAGCGCAGAGACAUGACGAAGAUGGAGGUUAAUAUUCUGAAGGUGAUCAACUUUGAGCUUGGCUUCCCACUCUCCUACAGGUUCCUCAGGAGAUAUGCUAGGUGUUCCAAAACGCCACUACCUCUCUUGACACUGGCCAGAUUCAUCCUUGAGUUCACGCUGAUGGACUACAGCGUAGUAUUUCUCUCAGACUCCAAACUGGCCGCUGCAGCGUUGUACCUAGCAUUCAAGAUGAAGAAGGAGCAGGAGUGGGAUGACACCCUUGUCCACUUUACAGGCUACAGAAUAGAAGAUUUUAUUGACAUUGCUCAUGCACUGAACAACAUCCUCCACCAGAAGCCUAGACAAUGCACCCAAACUGUCAGGAAUAAAUACUCUCACAAAGUCUUCUAUGAGGUGGCCAAAAUUCCGCUUGUGGACAACAAGGAGUUAUGAGACCGCUUGGAGAGGCUGUUGUAAAUAGUGUGACUUAGUGCAGUCCUUUUCAAGCCAAAAUGACCAUAGACGUUUGUUUGUCUUAAUUCUAAGGGAUUGUUUGAGGGGGGGACAAAGUUUGGCCCUUUGGUGGCAUAUACCCACGUUAAUUGUUGUGAUACAGUUCUAAAUUGUUAUUUAUAUUUCGGUAAUCUUGGAUUAAACUUAGUAGUAUUUAGAGAAACUUUAAAUUUGUUACCGGUUAAAAAAUGGUUCAAGAACGCGAUUUAGAGUAUUUAAAAAAUAAUAUAGAGCAGGAUUAGAAUGAAAAAUCACACGAAGUACACUAAUAAUAUGUGCUAGUGAAGAAACUAAAGUAUGGUAUGUUUGGUUGGAAAGAAAUAUUUAGCAAAAGAAUAAAUCAAGUAAUGUGUUCUGUAACAAAAGUGUACAAAGUAUCAGGUCAAUUUUGUCAUUUAUAUUUUUAAAGUAUUUUAGUCAACCUAAGUAUACAGUAUAUAUUAUAGAAAAUGGUGAAUUUCAAUAUUUAUUGUCGUAACGAGUAAAUUGCUAGGGGCAUUAAAAGUAUAGUGCUGUUUGUGUAAUUUUUAUUUAUACUCUUUUAUACAAUAUUUUUGGAUAUACUCCAUUUGACUUAUAUGUGCUUGUAUAUGUUUAUACUGGAACCCCUUAUUAUACUCAUAGUAUUUAAGUUUUAUUUAACAUUUUAUAUUACAUACUGUAAAAUAUUAUAUUCCAUAACGUUUUGAAAAAUGUAUUACUGUUUUAAAUUGUCCAGUGUCCUUAUUUUGUAUCAUGUUAUCAAAGGCAACUGAAUUGUAGAUAUACAUUCAUUAACAAUACUAAAUCAAUUGUAUAAACCUUGUCAAAGUUGUUUUCCAUGUUGGACUAAGUUUUAUAAGUAAAUCAGUAUUGUUUCA